AUAGAGAGAAAAAAAAAUGAUUUCUUGCAUCUUCCUUCCUGAAAACAAAAUAUUUCUUUGUAAAGAAUUAAACACCAUUUCUAUUAAAAUUACUUUUAUACUUUUAACAUUAUAGAAUAAUAAAAUCAUAAAUUUAUGAUAAUGAAGUAAUUUUCUUGGAAGACAAAUUUCUCUUCUGUUUUAGCAAAAUAUCCUAACAGUAGAAAAAAAAAAUAACUUCUAUUUCCUUUCUUUUUUCUUUAAUUUGUCCUCAUUUCCUUCGCUCAAUUAAGAUCCAAACAAAGGUUAGAGAGGGAGAGAGUCAGCGCAACAGAGUUCACGGAUUGCGAGGUUGAUUUCCAUCCCUCGGCCAAAUUAGAUCAAUACUUGUGAAUGUUCAUUUCUGCAGGAAGUCCCUCUCUUCUCCUCUUCUCUUUUGGUUCCUAGUUGAAGAUGGCUAUGUACGUCCGGGUUAAGCGUAACAAGACAACUUACUUUAUCCAAUGCGAUCCAACUGAGAAAAUUCUGGAGAUUAAGCAGAAAUUGCAAGUCUUGAUUGAUAAGCCAGUAAAUGAUCAGCGACUCAUCUCAUUGUCAAAUGGGGAAUUGUUGGAGGAUUCAAAGACAUUGGCAGAGCAGAAGGUUGAAAAUGAUGCAAAGUUGGCGUUAACCUUGAGAAAAGGCGACAAUGAAUUUGAGGAUAUCAAUAUUGUAAAGCCAGAUGAUUUCUACCAGACUCGAGAUGGAAUGGGUGAGCCUUGACCUUGAAAAGGCAUUGCUGCAGGAUAUAGGUACUGCCGAACACACAUAUUGUAGCUCUCUGAUGUGUUUAUUGUUGGAUUUUCCAGUAUCAUAAUAACAUUUUUGUUAUUGUUUCAAAUGAGAGUUCUUCUGUAAGCUUUCAUACUUACUAGGCAAUCUGACACUCUAAAAACUGUGGUUCUCAUACCAGGAUGUACUGUUGAACAUAUGGGUAAUAUUAAUAUAACUUUAAGGGUUGUAAAUGUCA